AUGGUGCAAAAUUAUUUACCACUUAAGCAAUUGACACAUAUGCUUUGGCUGUUUUUUUUCCAUCAUUGAUAACUUAAAUGCCGCGGAUUCGAUCAUUCAUUCAGUUUUAUGCGGGCGUUCGCCUCUUCCUAUGUUCAGUGAUGUGACUGAGCCGCACCGUUAUUUCAGGCUGUGUAAUACAGUGUAGCAUACUCCUAUAUAGUGAGAUGGGUGGGGUGACCACGGUUUCUCGUGUGGCAGCGGCUAUUAUAGAUGCGUUUAAUUAUUUUUAAAUAAAAACUGGACAUGAAUACGGUUGAUAUAAAAAAUACAAAAUGGAUUACAUUUUCUUACAACUGGGUGGUUGUGUGAGUGACCUUUCGUAGAAAUGACGACCCAUGUGACCCUAGAGGAUGCUCUGUCCAACGUGGACCUGUUGGAGGAGCUGCCCCUCCCAGACCAACAGCCAUGCAUCGAGCCUCCGCCCUCCUCCAUCAUGUACCAGGCUAACUUCGACACCAACUUUGAGGACAGGAAUGCGUUUGUGACAGGGAUAGCUCGCUACAUCGAGCAGGCUACUGUCCACUCCAGCAUGAAUGAGAUGCUGGAGGAGGGGCAUGAAUACGCUGUUAUGCUUUACACCUGGAGGAGCUGCUCUAGAGCCAUACCACAGGUGAAGUGCAAUGAGCAGCCAAACAGAGUGGAGAUCUAUGAGAAGACCGUGGAGGUGCUGGAACCAGAGGUCACCAAGCUUAUGAAGUUCAUGUAUUUCCAGCGAAAGGCCAUAGAGCGUUUCUGCAGCGAGGUCAAGCGGCUGUGCCACGCCGAGCGGAGGAAGGACUUCGUCUCCGAGGCCUACCUCCUCACCCUGGGCAAGUUCAUCAACAUGUUUGCGGUGCUCGACGAACUCAAGAACAUGAAGUGCAGCGUCAAAAAUGACCACUCUGCCUAUAAAAGGGCGGCUCAGUUCUUGAGGAAGAUGGCUGACCCUCAGUCCAUCCAGGAAUCUCAGAACCUCUCCAUGUUCCUGGCCAAUCACAAUAGGAUCACUCAGUGUCUGCAUCAGCAGUUGGAGGUGAUCCCUGGCUAUGAGGAGCUAUUAGCAGACAUCGUCAACAUCAGUGUGGAUUACUAUGAGAACAAGAUGUACCUGACGCCUAGUGAGAAACACAUGCUGCUCAAGGUGAUGGGUUUUGGGCUCUAUCUAAUGGAUGGUAACGUCAGUAACAUUUACAAACUAGACGCCAAGAAAAGGAUCAACCUGGGAAAGAUUGAUAAGUUCUUCAAGCUCCAGGUAGUGCCUCUGUUUGGAGACAUGCAAAUUGAGCUGUCCCGCUACAUAGAGACCAGUGCUCACUAUGAGGAGAACAAGUCCAAGUGGACGUGUACACAGAGCUCUAUAUCCCCCCAGUAUAACCUGUGCGAGCAGAUGGUUCAGAUUCGAGACGAUCACAUCCGGUUCAUCUCAGAGCUGGCCCGUUACAGCAACAGUGAGGUAGUGACCGGGUCAGGCCUGGACAGCCAGAAGUCAGAUGAGGAGUACAGGGAACUAUUUGACCUGGCACUCAGGGGCUUACAGCUGCUCUCCAAGUGGAGCACACACGUCAUGGAAGUUUACUCGUGGAAGCUGGUCCACCCGACAGAUAAGUUCUGUAACAAGGACUGUCCUGGCACAGCAGAGGAGUAUGAGAGAGCUACACGUUACAACUACACCUCAGAGGAGAAGUUUGCCCUGGUUGAAGUCAUAGCCAUGAUUAAGGGACUGCAGGUGUUGAUGGGUCGUAUGGAGAGUGUGUUCAACCAGGCCAUAAGGAACACCAUCUAUGCAGCCCUGCAGGACUUUGCCCAGAUGACCCUCCGAGAGCCGUUACGUCAGGCUGUACGCAAGAAGAAGAAUGUUCUCAUUAGUGUCCUGCAGGCGAUCCGCAAGACCAUCUGUGACUGGGAGGGGGCGAGGGAGCCCCCAAACGACCCCUGCCUAAGGGGGGAGAAAGACCCCAAGGGAGGGUUUGACAUCAAGGUGCCCCGCAGAGCUGUAGGACCCUCCAGUACACAGCUCUACAUGGUCCGCACCAUGCUGGAGUCGUUGAUAGCGGAUAAGAGUGGCUCUAAGAAGACCCUACGCAGCAGUCUGGAUGGACCCAUAGUUCUGGCUAUAGAGGACUUCCACAAACACUCCUUCUUCUUCACACACCUGCUCAACUUCAGCGAGGCGCUGCAGCAGUGCUGUGACCUGUCCCAGCUGUGGUUCCGGGAGUUCUUCCUGGAGCUGACCAUGGGUCGAAGGAUCCAGUUCCCCAUCGAGAUGUCCAUGCCCUGGAUCCUCACUGACCACAUACUGGAGACAAAGGAACCAUCCAUGAUGGAGUAUGUUUUGUACCCCCUGGACCUGUACAAUGACAGCGGCUACUACGCCCUCACCAAGUUCAAGAAACAGUUCCUCUACGAUGAGAUCGAGGCCGAGGUAAAUCUGUGCUUCGACCAGUUUGUUUACAAGCUGGCUGACCAGAUAUUUGCUUACUACAAAGCCAUGGCCGGGAGCGUCCUCCUGGACAAGCGUUUCAGAGCAGAGUGUAAAAACUACGGCGUGAUCAUCCCCUAUCCCCCAUCCAACCGCUAUGAGACUCUGCUCAAACAGAGACACGUACAGCUCCUGGGUCGCUCCAUCGAUCUGAACCGCCUGAUCACCCAGAGGAUCUCAGCAGCCAUGUACAAGUCUCUGGACCAGGCCAUCAGCCGUUUUGAGAGUGAAGACCUCACCUCUAUAGUGGAGUUGGAGUGGCUGAUGGAGAUCAAUAGACUGACUCAUCGCCUGCUGUCCAAGCACAUGACCCUGGACAGCUUCGACGCCAUGUUCCGUGAGGCCAACCACAACGUGUCGGCCCCCUACGGACGGAUCACACUCCACGUCUUCUGGGAACUCAACUUCGACUUCCUUCCCAACUACUGCUACAACGGCUCCACCAACCGCUUCGUGCGGACAGCCAUCCCCUUUACCCAGGAGCCUCAGCGAGACAAGCCAGCCAAUGUACAGCCGUACUACCUAUAUGGGUCUAAGCCUCUAAACAUUGCCUACUCACACAUCUAUAGUUCCUAUAGGAACUUUGUUGGCCCGCCCCACUUCAAGACAAUCUGCCGUCUUCUUGGUUAUCAGGGCAUCGCCGUGGUGAUGGAGGAACUGCUCAAGAUCGUCAAGAGCCUGUUGCAAGGCACCAUCUUGCAGUAUGUGAAGACUCUGAUCGAGGUCAUGCCCAAGAUUUGUCGUCUGCCACGCCACGAGUACGGAUCUCCAGGUAUUCUGGAGUUUUUUCACCACCAGCUGAAGGACAUUAUUGAGUAUGCUGAGCUGAAGACCGACGUAUUCCAGAGUCUCAGAGAGGUUGGAAACGCUAUCCUUUUCUGUCUGCUGAUCGAACAAGCUCUGGUGUCCCAGGAAGAGGUGUGUGACCUCCUUCACGCAGCUCCCUUCCAAAACAUCCUCCCCAGGGUUUACAUCAAAGAGGGGGAGCGUCUGGAGGUGAGGAUGAAGAGGCUGGAGGCUAAGUAUGCUCCUCUCCACCUGGUGCCCCUCAUCGAGAGGCUUGGUACACCCCAGCAAAUCGCCAUAGCCCGUGAGGGGGAUCUGUUGACUAAGGAGCGUCUUUGCUGCGGCCUGUCCAUGUUCGAGGUGAUCCUAACAAGGAUCCGUAGUUUCCUGCAGGAUGCCGUGUGGCGGGGGCCACCCCCCACCAAUGGCGUGAUGCACGUGGAUGAGUGUAUGGAGUUCCACCGCCUAUGGAGUGCCAUGCAGUUUGUCUACUGCAUUCCCGUCGGGACACACGAGUUCACCGCAGAACAGUGUUUUGGUGAUGGGCUGAACUGGGCCGGAUGCUCCAUUAUUGUACUGUUGGGUCAGCAGCGCCGCUUCGACCUGUUUGACUUCUGCUACCACCUACUCAAGGUUCAGAGGCAGGACGGCAAGGAUGAGAUCAUCAAGAAUGUGCCCUUGAAGAAGAUGGCCGAUCGCAUCAGGAAGUACCAGAUCCUGAACAAUGAGAUUUUUGCCAUCCUCAAUAAGUACAUGAAGGCUGUGGAGACGGAUAGUUCCACAGUGGAGCACGUCCGCUGCUUCCAGCCACCUAUACACCAGUCAUUGGCCACCACAUGCUGAGAAGAACACACACAUGGUGAACAUACACGCUACACACAUGUUAAACAUAGACAUCUCACACACAUACACAUUCCUACACACUGCCUCAUUUUGGCCUUGUACUGAGACACUCAGAACCUUAGGUAUAGAGAGUUUUGUCUGACUGUCCAUCAUUUUAGCACCAAAUAUUUCAUACCAACGCCAUGCCAGUUUUCACUGUAGAAGGCAAACUCAUUGGAUCUUCUGUUGGUGACAUGGCACUCUCUAAAAACAUCAAAAUCCCGAACAGAGUUUUUUUAACUCUGGAUAUCUUAGGCUCAGAUUUUAGUGCCCCAAUCCACCAUGGCCCAAAAACAUAGGCUUGUUUUAAAGGCAUGGUUAUGCUGGUCCCAACCCAUGUGAAGCAAAAGCCUUUUGCAUGACCAUUCCUGUCCCUAGAGCUAUGUCACAUGGAUGGGCUCAGUAAUACAGUGGUUGAAGAUGUACAGGUCUUUCCUCUAGUCACAAACAACAGUCUAUCAGGGAGAACCUUUAGUGAGCAACAACAAUCUACAUACAUAUUACAAAUAUUGUAAAUAAAUUGGAAACAUCUCCAAAACCUCAACACACAGAUAAUCAGAUAUUGAAAAGACCUGAGAAUAUUAUUUUGUAGAUUACAUACAAAAGCAAAACCUAAGGGCAACUUAUAAAAUAAAUAAUUGAAGCUCACAUAGAUACUAAGUACUAUGAUGAUACUUAAAAAUGCCAAUGUUACCCGAUAAAUCUUAUAAUAUGAUCAUUAAAAAGUAACGCUGUACAUUCAUUCUAGAAACUAACAUGGGUGUGUCCCAAGCGAUGCCUCUGAUCAAAAGUGAUGUACUAAGUAAAGAAUUAAACAGUGUCUCCAGCUUGGCUAACAUAGGAGUAGUUAGCAACACCUCACUUUUUCUUCCCUCAUACACAGCCCUACUGCCUUCACAUACAGUAGCAUAACAAAGACACCACUGCUUUCCCUACUUUUAUUUAUUUUGUACCUUUUAUUUGGGGUUUUCAAGCCUGAGUAGUUUUAUUCAGAUCCAUUCCCCCUUGUAAAUGUCACUGUUGAGCUCAAAAGUGAAGUGUCCAGUGUUGUAAUAGUUAUUGCUUUUAAAUAUGGAUAAUUUAAUGAUUCUUCCUUGGUAUAACUUGCCUCUUAUACUGACGAGAAAACUCAAGUCUACUUUUUGAUUUCUCCUUGUCAGUUUAUGGAAUUGUUUUUUUUUUGUA